GUUAUCUUCUACGACAGUGACUGGAACCCCACAGUGGACCAACAGGCCAUGGACAGGGCUCACAGGCUGGGUCAGACCAAGCAGGUGACCGUCUACCGCCUCAUCUGUCAGGGCACCAUUGAGGAGCGGAUCCUGCAGAGAGCCAAGGAGAAGAGCGAGAUCCAAAGGGUGGUGAUCUCUGGAGGAAACUUUAAACCAGACACACUCAAACCCAAAGAGGUGGUGAGCCUGCUGCUGGACGACGAUGAGCUGGAGAAGAAAUUGCGGCAGAGACAGGAGGAGAAGAGGCAGCAGGAGGAGUGCAGCAAGGUGAAGGAGCGCAAGAGGAAGAGGGAGAAGUACGCUGAGAAGAAGAAGAACGAGGAGUCGGAGAUCAAGAGGAAGAAGGAGAUGAACCUUGUCAUCUCCCACGCACCCUCGGCUGACAACUCCAACCUCUCUGCAGACGGAGACGACUCCUUCAUCAGCGUGGAGAUGGACUCCGCCAUGCCCAGUCCCUUCAGUGAGAUCUCCCUGAGCAGCGAGCUCCAGCCUGGCUCUUUGCCACCGGACGCCGAUGCGGACGAGAGCAGCAGCGACAUGCUGGUCAUCGUGGACGACCCGGUGUCUUCUGCGCCGCAGUCGCGCGCCACCAACUCCCCCGCCUCCGUGUCUGGAUCAGUCUCGGACAACAUGAAUGGUGUUUCAGCCUCAGACGCCAUCAGUCCUGGCAGAGGCCGAUCUGGGCGGAGUCGGGGACGGCCCAAAGGAUCGGGAGGCGGGACCAAGUCAGGAGGAAAAGGACGUGGGCGCAAAUCGACAGCGGGCAGCGCGGCAGCUAUGGCAGGAGCAAUCGCUGGUGCGGCAGCUGCAUCAGCUGCUGCUUAUGCUGCUUACGGCUACAGUGUUUCUGGAGCAGGCCUCGCUGUGUCCAGUCCCCUGCAGCCUUCUCUGGGCCGGUCUGGUACCAGCCCGGCCUUCAACCCCAGCAGGAGCUCGUCCCCCCAGGCCAAAGGAGGCACGUCCACCGGCCUGAGCCCCCACAAACAGUUGGCCCAAAGCCACCACAGCAGUCACGGUGCAGUCAGGAAGGGCAAGGGUCCCGGUGGUCCUGGGGCGCGAUGAUGCACUCACACACAAACUCUUGCAAGUGUCUCACUAUGGAACAUAGAACACACACACACAUAACCACACAGAGAUAACUGACCUUCUCUCACUGUGAUCCGUACAGACAACCUACAUUUAAGAUGAAAAUAGGGAGUACAGUGUUUAUAGUAACUGAGGCUCACUACCUGGAGGACCAUGCUGUGUUUGCUGGCUCAACAACACUCUACACACACAAACACACACACACACACACACACACUCUCAGUCAUUUGAAGGUACAGUCCCCACCACCCUCCUUGUGUCUUGUGUCAGGUUCAUUUUUAAUGUGUCCAGGUCAGUGGACGAAAAUCUGCCUUGAGUAAUUUUGUUUGCAUCAUGACAACAGUAUUUCCAAGUGCUUUUUUUCGAGAAGACAAACUGUACUUUUCUAUUCUUGACAGGAAGCUCUUUCGAUUUGCCGCCGAGCAGUAACGAUACGAGACGUGAACCAACACGCGUAGCUUAAAGGGCUUUGAAUUCCUUGUGUUUGCCAGCAUGGUGAGGCAACGGAGUUUCUGUCAAAUGCACUGAGCCACGUCUUCCGUUUCCUUUUUUUUGUUUUUGGUGUUAUUGACUCUCAUACAUGUACAUUAGGUUAUUUAAUUGUCCUGUAGAUAUGCUCAGUGCAAACUGGUGAAUGAUUCUGCAUUUUAUAGAGCGUAAUGUGAGCCCACAGCUGACCAACCUCCACCAAACAACAGCUUUUCUACUAAAGCUCUUAUUUUUGUAAGAAAACAUGUAAGUACCCAAAUCAACAUGACAGGUCUUAACGUUUUGGGGAAAAAAACGUAACGUAUCCCAGUGCAGAUGGAAAUAAGAAUUGAUGUUAUAUAUUUUUGGCCCGAUAGGAAAAUGAAUGAAAGGAUAAUGUAAAAAAUGAUAUUCCAAAAUAAUUGUUCUGGUUGAUACAGCAACGCUGCUAACAGUCAAUUGAAGAAUUCACUCAGAUUAUUUGGUUUUCUAAUGUUUAAGUUAUUUCUGUUAAGUGGGCAGUUUAUGAUAAUUGUGAAUGAGGAUAUUCAGCUGUAAACAGUGUAAAUUGUACUGAAGCCAUGUUUUAUUUUUCAGAAGUUGCUUUGUUUGUGAUGAGGCGUCUGUGGUUCUCUUUGAUGUCAUUGAUGUUUUAGAAAAAAGAAAGGUUUGCAUCAGUGUCCUACGUUGAGCACUACAUCUGUUAUAUUAUAGGUUUGUCCAUCGUUUGUUUUUGUGUUAAUAGUGUGAUUAAAAUAUGAUGUUCUAUAUUGAUGUAAAUAAUGAUGAGAGCAACUUUUCCUCUGGCUUGUCCCUCAUUCGCCUGUCUAUUUUUAUAGGUCAUGUGUACAUAUGAAGAAAUGCAUCUGCCAUUUUACUAACAGGAGGAGCCAACUGGAAAUAAAUGGAGUGCUAAAUCAGCUGAAAUCAA